AUGGCACCUCCCAUCGCCGGGGAGACGGUCGUCUCGGCCAAGCGAGCUGAGCUCGCUGGCAAAGGUGGCAUCAUGGGCUUGAUCAGUAACAAGAAGACAUCUGCGAUUGGAUUGUUUGCGUCGCUCGGUGGAUUGGUGUAUGGAUAUAACCAGGGCAUGUUUGCGCAGAUCUUGACGAUGCACGCGUUCGUCGAUGCCACGCAGGGCUAUGCCGAGAAGACAGGUAUCAAACAGGGUAUUCUGACCUCGAUUCUCGAGCUGGGUGCGUGGAUCGGCACGCUCUUCAACGGAUAUCUGGCGGAUGCGGUCGGUCGUCGGCUGACCGUGUUGAUUGCGGUGGUGGUGUUUUGCGUGGGUGUGAUUGUGCAGGCCUGUACGCAAAAUGCGGACUAUGUCUUUGGUGGUCGUUUUGUGACGGGGUUGGGCGUGGGCAGUCUGAGCAUGAUUGUGCCGCUGUACAAUGCAGAAUUGGCACCGCCUGAAAUCCGCGGCUCCCUCGUCGCCGUCCAACAGCUCGCCAUUACCUUUGGGAUUAUGGUCAGCUUCUGGAUCGGCUACGGCACCAACUACAUUGGCGGCACCGGCGCCACGCAAUCAGAUGCCGCCUGGCUUAUCCCGGUCUGUAUUCAGCUUGCUCCAGCCAUCAUCCUCGCUGUCGGCAUGAUGCUCUUCAUGCCUCAAUCGCCUCGCCAUCUGAUGAACACCGACCGCGAGGAGGAGUGCUUACAGACUCUGGCGCGCCUCCGCGGCACUUCAACUGACGACAUGCUCGUGCGCAUCGAGUACCUCGAAAUCAAGAGUCUGCAUAUGUUCGAGAGGGAGGUCUCUGCCGAGAAAUACCCCCAGUGGCUGGACGGCUCGUUCUCGAGUCGCUUCCGGAUGGGCUUGGCCGACUACGCCUCGCUGGUCACGAACAAGUCGCUGUUCAAGCGGACUGUUGUUGCGUGCAUGAUCAUGGUAUUCCAACAAUGGAACGGCAUCAACGCCAUCAACUAUUACGCCCCCUUCAUCUUUGAUAACAUGCAGCUUCCCGGCAACACGACCUCCCUGCUAGCCACCGGUGUUGUCGGCAUUGUCGAAUUUGUCUUCACGAUCCCUGCUGUCAUGUGGGUCGACCAGAUCGGUCGCAAGAAGAUCCUGAUCGUGGGUGCAGCCGGCAUGGCCAUCUGCCAUUUCAUCGUGGCGGGCAUCAUUGGCGCCUACCAGGGCGAGUUUGCCGAGCAUCGCGCCGCCGGAUGGACGGCGAUUGUGUUUGUGUGGAUUUUCGUCAUCAAUUUUGCCUACUCUUGGGGCCCCGUCGCGUGGAUCGUGACUUCCGAGGUCUUUCCCCUGAGCAUGCGAGCCAAGGGCGUGAGUUUAGGAGGAAGCAGUAACUGGCUCAUGAACUUUGCCGUUGCGACCGCCACUUCCCCCUUCAUUAGCGCAUCGACCGUGGGAACCUUUGUCUUCUUCGGCUGUGUAACCACCAUUGCGAUCUUCUACGUCAUCUGGGGCGUGCCCGAAACCAAAGGUCGCACGCUGGAGGAGAUGGACGAGCUGUUCGGCACAACAGGAAUAGCGGCUGCAGACGCCGAGCGCAAGCAUCGCAUCGAGAGCGAAAUCGGGCUGCUAGCGCUGGUCAAUAUGGAAAGCCCGGUGGAUGAGAAGCACAAAGGGGGUGACGAGGAGUUUGUAGAAGCCAAGCAGUAA